AUUGAGCUCUGCUGGACGGAGACCAGGAGGAGACGUCUCCCACUGCAGGACGAGAGCUCCAACACGGCGCUGCGAAGAGACGGCACUGAGGAAAAGAGGAGAUGCUGACUCAGCUGGUUUUAGGAUGGACUGCCUUGCUCAGCGGCCUCCAGCCGGCUGCUCCCACUGUCACAACCAGAUUUCCGUCUAGCAGAAACAGCAGGUGGUCAACUCCGAAAUGUGAAGUUUUCAUCCCUCCUCCUCUUCCACCUCCUUUGUUUCCUCCAGUCAAACGGAAAGCAGAGCUGAUGGUCGAUAUAACGGAACACAUCACAGGAAAGAAAGGGGAGAAGGGCUGCAGAGGACCCAGAGGACCCGAGGGCCAACCGGGUGUGACGGGUCCAGAGGGAGAACCUGGAACACAAGGAACCAUGGGAAAGCCGGGUCAAAAGGGGGAGAAGGGGGACAGAGGCUGGAGGGGCCUGUAUGGAGACAUAGGAACUCCUGGGAUGAUAAAGGGCAGUAAGGGGCGUAAGGGAUUUAGGGGUGAUAAAGGUGUGAAAGGAAACAGAGGAUCCAGAGGAGAGAAGGGCGAUCAAGGCGUCUCUGGAGUGUCAGGAGAGAAGGGCGACUCAGGUCAGUGGGGCGAUCCAGGGCUGAGGGGUGAGCAAGGACCCAGAGGAAAGCCUGGUGGCAGAGGAACCAUGGCGUUGAAGGGAUCGCGUGGACAUACGGGGAAGAUGGGGCAUCCUGGUCCUGCAGGACUGCCUGGUCUGAAUGGAGAACCUGGACUACCUGGACAAGUGUACGUCCUGCCUGGCCUGCAGGGAGACACAGGAAAUCGGGGUCCUUCUGCCAAAUGCAACUGUUCACAGGUUCAAACCCCAGAACGCCAGUUGGAUAGAGUGCAGACGAUCUUUAUUGCAGACGGAGAGAAGCAGAUGAGGAGGCUGCGGGGGGACAAUGUGAUGGUGCUGCGGACAGACAGAAAAGCUCUGUACAUCUACUCCGACUCUCAGUGGAUCAACGUACUGGAGGACCCCAGACACUGACCCCACUGCAGUGAACACAGGUUGAAGUGCCCUUGAGCAAGACCGUUAAACCCCGACUGCUCCAGUGGCCAGCAGCUCAGACUGUGGUUAUAUUGGUGUGAAUGGGUGUGUCCCAUUCAUGCUACCCAUGUUAAAUAAAGGUCGGCCUGUCCUCUGUACAACUCCUCUAAAAUGAAUUAUUACUUAACUGUAGUUACAUAUUUCAGCGAGUCCUAUCUUCAGCCUUCCUCUGAUAUAAGUUACACAUGCAUGUGCACUGUUCCAGCAUGUUAUUACAUUUACACAAUCAUCAUCCAGUGUUUCUCUCCACUUAAACUGUAUUUUUCCUCUGGUGAAUAGUUUUAUUUUAUGAAUCUAGGACAAUCUAGUUAUUUAUUUCAUGUGUUGCUCAGUGUCUGCUGUUGCUGCUGCAGCUCCCACAGAGGGAUAUUAAAUAAAAAUCUCUGAUACUGAA